AUGGGAAACGCAUUCGGCUGCAUUCAAGUUGACCAAUCAACUGUUGCAAUUGCAGAGAGGUUUGGUAAGUUUGAAGAUGUCCUCGAGCCAGGAUGCCAUUGUCUGCCGUGGUGUCUCGGGAGCCAGCUGGCGGGCCAUCUCUCCCUUCGCCUGCAGCAGUUAGACGUUCGCUGUGAAACAAAAACAAAGGACAAUGUGUUUGUGAAUGUUGUUGCAUCCAUUCAGUAUCGUGCCCUUGCGGACAAGGCUAGUGAUGCUUUUUACAAGCUGAGCAAUACAAGAAGCCAGAUUCAGGCUUAUGUAUUUGAUGUGAUAAGAGCAAGUGUUCCAAAAUUGAAUCUCGAUGAUGCAUUUGAGCAGAAAAACGACAUUGCGAAGGCCGUUGAGGAUGAACUCGAGAAGGCUAUGUCUGCCUACGGGUACGAAAUUGUUCAGACGCUGAUCGUCGAUAUUGAGCCAGAUGAGCAUGUGAAAAGGGCUAUGAAUGAAAUCAAUGCUGCCGCUAGACUGAGGGUGGCCGCCAAUGAGAAAGCCGAAGCUGAAAAAAUAUUGCAGAUAAAGAGAGCUGAAGGUGAAGCUGAGGCUAAGUACCUCUCGGGUUUGGGCAUAGCCCGCCAGCGUCAGGCCAUUGUGGACGGGCUUCGAGACAGCGUUUUGGGCUUUUCUGUUAAUGUCCCUGGGACCACUGCAAAGGAUGUAAUGGAUAUGGUCCUAGUCACCCAAUAUUUUGAUACAAUGAAGGAGAUUGGGUCGAGUUCCAAGUCAUCGGCUGUUUUCAUACCUCACGGGCCUGGUGCUGUUCGUGAUGUGGCGGCCCAGAUACGAGAUGGGCUCUUGCAGGGUUCUCAAGUUGCGCCUUGA